ACAGGGUCUCAGUAUAUAUCUCUGUCUGGCCUGGAACUCGCCAUGUAGACCACGCUGACCGCUGACCUCAGACUCACAGAGAUCUGCCUCCUAAGAUCUGCCUCUGGAAGCAAAGCCUACAGCGCCAUACCCACAUACCCAGCAAGAGUUUAGCUUAGCAUCUUUCAUGGAUAAAGCAACCAGAAAUCUCUGUGGCUGAUUAACUUCUGUUUCACUGAAUUAAGAUUGGACAGAGGCGACAUGUCAGAAGAGACAGUCGGCAGAUCACAGUUCUCCUUGAAGACAUACGCAGUUAGAGUGUUCACUCUCCCUGUGUCUUGGUAUUAUUCUCUCUCCCAGAUCAAAUUUUCACCAGUAGCUAAGAAGUUGUUUAUGGUAACUGCAGUGAGUGCCGUGUCUGUGAUUUUUCUGGCCCAUCACUUUAAAAGAAGACGAGGAAGACAGAAAGGAAAAGCGCUGCCCUGGGAACCAGAGCACCUCCUCCUAGAGCACACCAGGAGAGCAGCGUCAGACAAAGGUUCAAGCUGUUCCAGCAGUAGACAGAAUUUGACCUUGUCAUUAAGCUCCACCAAAGACAAAGGAUCUCAGUCCUGCAACUACCCAAAUGGAGGACUUCUCAGCAGAUACUCGGGUUCUGUCCAGAGCUUGGGCUCUGUCCAGAGUGUUAACUCCUGUCAUAGUUGUGCUUGUGGAAACUCUAAUUCCUGGGACAAAGCAGAGGAUGAUGACAUCAGACUUGUUAACAUUCCUGUGACCACGCCUGAGAACUUGUACUUGAUGGGUAUGGAGUUAUUUGAAGAGGCGUUACGUCGAUGGGAACAAGCACUGACUUUUCGAAGUAGACAGGCUGAAGAUGAAGCCUGCAGCUCUGUUAAACUGGGAGCCGGAGAUGCCAUUGCAGAAGAAAGUGUGGAUGAUAUUAUUAGUACAGAAUUCAUCCAUAAACUUGAAGCUCUGCUGCAAAGAGCGUAUCGUCUCCAAGAGGAAUUUGAAGCUACCCUUGGGGGAUCUGACCCUAAUUCCCUUGCAAAUGAUACUGAUAAAGACACAGAUAUGAGCGUGAGGGAGACAGUGGAUGAGUUCGGCCUGCCAGACACCGUGAACGUGGACUCAGCAGAUCUCUUUGCUUCAGCAGCAGAGCUUGCAGAGCACAGAGAAGCACACCAAACCUACAGCCUGGAGUCUUUUUGUCGCUGCCCUUUUUAUGAAGAAGCUAUGCAUUUAGUUGAAGAAGGAAAAAUUUACUCCAGAGUACUGAGAACCGAGAUGCUGGAGUGCCUGGGAGACAGCGACUUCCUCGCCAAGCUACACUGUAUCCGGCAAGCUUUCCAGCUAAUCCUUGCAGAAGCAGACAACAGGUCAUUCCUUGCUGAAAGUGGAAGGAAAAUUUUGUCAGCUUUAAUUGUGAAAGCCCGGAAGAAUCCAAAGAAAUUUCAAGAUGUUUUUGAUGAAAUGAUCUGUUUCUUAGAACAGACUGACCACUGGGACAGCACUGAGAUGGAGCUUGCUGCCAGAGGGGUGAAAAAUUUAAAUUUUUAUGAUGUGGUUCUGGAUUUUAUAUUAAUGGAUUCCUUUGAAGAUUUAGAGAACCCGCCGACAUCCAUCCAGAGUGUGGUGAACAACCGCUGGCUCAACUCCUCCUUCAAAGAAACCGCUGUGGCUUCAAGUUGUUGGUCAGUGCUAAAACAGAAAAGGCAGCAGAUGAAGAUCUCAGAUGGCUUCUUUGCCCAUUUUUAUGCCGUUUGUGAGCAGAUUAGCCCUGUCUUAGCCUGGGGCUUCUUGGGUCCUAGAAAUUCUCUCUACGACUUAUGUUGCUUCUUUAAGAAUCAAGUUCUUUUCUUUCUCAAAGACAUCUUUGACUUUGAGAAGGUGCGCUAUUCGAGCAUAGAGGCGCUGGCGGAGGACCUCACGCACCUACUCACCCGCCGCACGGAGCUGCUAGUCACGUGUCUCGGUGCAGAUGCCCUGAGGCACGCCACCACCUGUACUAGUGGACACUCCCACACCGUGCCCACUGCACUGUUAGAAGCCAAAGUACAAUAAGGACCAGAAGAGGUUUGAGAAAGCUGUCUCGUGCUCUAGGGUAACUUCUGACUCUGAGUGUGCCUCAGCAUCUACAGGAUUGAUAAUGUGGACUCAGGGAGAGGGGAGUCUCAAGGAUGGGUGACUGUCCUGCACUUUUGCAGGACAUUUGUCACUGAAGCCAUGGGAUGGAUCCAGAGUGACUUUUUAAUACUCUCUAGGUAAUCAUUUAAGUUGUGACUGUUGCUUGAAUUGAAGCCAGUGCUGUAGGAGUCCAUUGUCCUCACACAAUCUGGAAUGUCCAAUGUCAUCCUCAAACUGUCUUGAUGCUUUGCUCCUUGAAAAUACACUAGCUCAAGGUGAUUGUAUUUGUGUAAUAAUCUAUGACUGCUAGCUCAACAUACUUAACUUUGCCUGAAAUGUAUUCUUAACCAUAGUGACUUCUUUGUUUAAUAGAAUUUAGACAAUAGAGGUGUUUACCUGUGCUGUUUACCUGUGGCUUGUAUAUUUGCUAAUGUAUUGAAUCAAAGAAGCUAUCAUCACAAAGGCCUGGUGUACUAAAAGGACCUGAAUGAGAUGAGCGGUUUGCAGUGCACACCUUGUGCAGGAUCACCUGCAGUCCAGAGUAUAUUACUAUUGUCCUGUAAGUUAUAAUACAGUGAAGUAUUUUUAUCUCAUUUCCCCUCAGGAAUAUUAAAUUCGAAAAUAGAAUUUAUUUGCUAAGAAAAAGAAUUAAAAAUUUAUCCUUUUUUAAAUGUAACUUUGAGGCUGGCUUAAAGUAUUAAACUUUAGAAUAAGAUAAUUUCCUCUUUCACAAAACAAACUUAUAAUCCCCCACAUAGAGAGUCUGUCACAUUAGAACUUUGUCGUGUUCUGCAUAAUUUUAAAAAUACUCAUACUUUGAACUUAGGUUUUAAAGGACUUUUUCUCUCGGAUGUAAAACAGAAAUAUUUUCAAUGUUUUGGGAGUAUAUUUUAUGUCCUUAGACAGACAUAUGAGUAGAUGGGUUAUUACAAGUAACCUUCAGAGCAUAGUGUAUAUUUUCAAGGUCUCACUCAUUUUGCUUUAAGAUCAUGCACCAUGCUCUCCCCAGUGGAUUGCAUUCACUGAUUUGUUACCCUAAAGUGGGCUGCGUUGGUUUUAAGAGUGAAUUCUACAAAAGGGUGUGAAAUGGGUUUUUAAAUAAUUCAUUUUUAGAUUAAAGUGCCUAGAUUAAGGGUAAUGAUGAGAAAACAAAAAGUGAGAUGAAGUUUAAUUUUUUAAGAUUUUUAAUGUCUAUGUACAUCACAGUUAUGUAAAUCAAUUACUAGAUGUACGAUUUAGACCUGUGCCAUUAGUGUGUCAGGCUCAUAGGCCUUACAGUUGUGUUCUCGGUCAGUACAUGACGGAUGGACGGACGGAUGGACGGACGGACGCCUUGCCUUCUCCCCUUCACCCUUCAUUUCCUGACCACCAGGCACGGUUCUGCCUGAGGACAAAGUGCACUGAGCCCAACUUCCCUUCCGACUUUCACAUUAGAUGUUUUUACUUAGAAGAUGUCACUGAUGUGACACACGUGUGCGUGCCUUCCUGUUACCACAUAAGCAAGACAGUUGUGAAUUAUAUUCAUUUAUUCAUUGGAUAACUAAGUGUUUUUUCCUGUGGUUUUGUAAACAGACAUAAGUGAACUAUCUUUGGGGUAAAACCCUCCUUGAACUAGUUUGGAAGAGUUGCACUGUUACGGUAAUCCUGCAGUGCCAUUAGACGGCCGUGGGGGUGACCUUUUUGAAAAGUGUUUGAUUUGGUUCUAUUUUUACAUUUCAGUUAAAUAAAUAAAUUGUCCAUCUUCAAGAAAGGGUUGGUUUGUCAAACCCAGUGCUUAAGUUUUGCUGGGCUAAUUAGCUAGAAUAGUAACAAGAUAGUUUGUGGCCUUUGACAAAAGAGAUAAGAAUGACCAAAUAAAAUUUGGGAGUAAAAUUUGGGAGCAAAAAAAUGCAGGAGAAAAAUCUUGGGGGGGGGGGGGGCUCGGGAAAGCCUAACUUUUUAAAGGAGAAUGUCUUUUUAAGAAGAGCAUCUCUGGCUCUGACUGUUGACAAUACUUAAGAUAUGCAUACCAGUUUUUAUUUGCCUGAAUCAAAGAGGCAGUGCUUUAGCAGAUAGAGACAAAAGACCAACUAGGCUAGAGCCUGUGAGGGAACAGAGAAAGGCCAGCCUAAUGAACUAACGGUGUCAACUGAAGAUAGCCAUCGCGCGCUAGAGGGCGGAGGCAGAGAGCUGGUCCCUCUUUUCUGGAAAAAAAAAAAAA